UUACAGUACCGCACCAUUCCAACCACGACCGCCAUGGCCGAAACCACCACCUCCGACGUCCUCCCCCUKCUCCAGGUGCUGGCGCUGCUGGCACUGGCCGGCAGAUACGACAACCAUCUCUGGCGGAUGAUCUUGCUGGUGGCCCAGUACGUUUUCUUGGGCGKGGGCCUCUCCGGAAGCGGUCCGUUCCUCUGGGCUCUGUACGCCCUGGUCGGCRCCGGGAUCUGGUGGAUGCCCCAUUCGGCCAACCGAAGGCCCCGGYYGAAACGCGGCUGCGUCUUUGUGACGGGCUGCGAUUCCGGAAUGGGCAAGGAGACCGUCCUCGGGCUGGCCCGGGCCCAGUGCCGCAAGAGCCGUAGCGGCCAGGACGACGACGAACCCAGCAGCAACAGCAGCAGCAACAGCAACAACCCCGACGGCUACGACCAGAUCUUUGCGGGCUGCUACGAUCCAAAGCACGCGAGGGCGGUCUACGAAAAGGAGCUCUCGGAGRAAGAACUGGCCUGCGUCACCCUCGUGGCGCUGGACGUGACGGACCAGGACAGCGUCCGCGAGGCGGCGCACAAGGUCCGCGAAUGGAUCUACGAGCACCGCCAGAAAAAGGCGGCGCCCGGAGAAACGGUGGUCGGCCUCUCGGCGCUCGUGCAGUUCCACGGCGUCGCCUUCAACGGGCCCUCGGAGUACAUGCCGAUCGAGAUGUACACGCGCCAGCUCGACGUCAACUUUGUGGGGACGAUCCGGGUGGUCCAGGCSCUCCUGCCCCUGCUCAAGGAGAGCAGCGGCGGCGGCAACGGCUACCGCUCCCGGAUCGUUCUGACCGGGACCGGCGGGGGGCCCUGCAGCCCCUGCCCGCCCCUCCUGACGGCCUACAUGAGCAGCAAGUUCGCCCUGGAGGCCUACGCGCAGGCCCUCCGGCAGGAGCUCUACAUGAUCGGCUCGAGCAUCGACGUCGGGGUGAUCAACCCGGGCUUUGUCAAGCCGACGAUGCUCAUCGCGGAGGGGACCAAGAUCUCGGAGGGCAUGUGGCGGUCCUGCGCCACCCGGCUGGGCUCCAACCGGGCCAGGGACGAGUACGGGGCCAUGCUCAACCACUUUACCGAGUACUCGGCGCUCCAGCCCGGGACGCACGUCUCGAAGAUCGUGGAGGCCACCGAGCACGCCCUGCUCUCGCCGGUCCCGAGGUCCUCCUACAAAGUGGGGAUCGACAGCAAGCUGGCGCCGAUCGUCGGGAUGAUGCCGACGGGGGUCCGCGAGUGGAUCGCCCGCCACGGGAUCUACGGCAAGCUCAGCCCGGCCGGGACGGUUCCCGGCUACAGGGUAUAGCUCUUGCGCGUGCGAUGCGUAUAUCGAAACAAUUUGUGUAUGGAUGCAUGCAUGGAUGCAUGCAUGCAUGUAUCUAUGUAUCCCACCUUGCAGACUGCAACACUCCGGGCACCCGCACACCCAUCGUGGUGGAAUAAUAUUCGAACAUCACA